AUGGCUGGCCAAAAGAGCAGCAGUUGCAAAGCCAAUUUAUUGACCAGGAAUGAGAAGUUCCCAAACCAUGUUGCUGUUUCUGCCAGUGGCACAAAUGAAGAUAGUGCUGGUAGCGUGAGACCAUGGUCUUCUGUUAUCUCAAUGUCAAUAACUUCUGCUGAACAAACUUUUGAAUCAGCACCUACUAAGAACGAACAUGUAUCAUCAAAAAGUUGUGAAAUUUCUACACAAUCAUCAGACAGAAUCACUUUGGCAUGGCCUCUAUCAGCGAAGAGUGAUAUCAGCAUGGAGAAUGUAUUACCUCUCAGCAAUGAAAAUUACAUAAUGGAUGUUGGGAAAAAACAGGGGAAUCAUCUGAAUGCUGUUGAAGAUGGCUUCAAUGUGAUCAUGCAUGUUAAACAGAACAAGACUGAAUCUUCAUGUUCUGACUCAUCGUCUGGCAUCCUUCCAGUUAAUCACAACCAGCGGGAAACCUUAAAAAGAGCCAGUUCAUUCAAUAACAACAGUGGUUCUGUGAGCAGUUCUAACUCUACAGGGUUUCACCAUAGAAUGGAAGAGCCUGUGACAGCCAGUUCAGAAUCAGGUGUAUCCAUUCAAGUUGAUCAUAAGGCUAUUAUCAAGGGAAGAUACAGGAAUGGUGUGAAGGCACCUUUGAUGAUUGAGAAUCGGAUGUCAUUUAAUAGUGUAAAGGCAAAUACUCCAAUAUCCGGUCCACAGAAUGAGGAGAACGGAAAUAUGUCAAGGACAGAUGAAGAGAAUUCUCAUGAGUGGGGUUCUGCAUUGAGGACACCUAGGGAUGGUGCAAGAGAAGUUGAUGAAGAGACUGAUGCGUACAUAUGUGUCUCAGGAUGCACCUUGUCGUAUGAAGAACAACGUGAUGUUACCAUUGGUAAAAGUUUAAUUUGCUCUGGCAAUUCAAAAAAUUUCAACUGCUCUACUGAAAUGGAAGAAAAUAUAAGAUCAUCUGGUGAAAAUGAUAACCAUAUCCCUUUCUGUUCCAAGAAGGUAAUGAUAAAUCCUAAAAUAUCAGGAGAAAGUGAAAAUAUGUUGUCUGGCAAUGAUGAAUCGGUCAAAAUGGAUCCUAAAAUGACUGAUAAAAUUAAUGAUGGCUUUCUGUUGUAUGACUCAUCUGAGUUGACAAAACCUACGAAAGUUUUUGCCAGGGAUCAUAUUUCAUCUUUUGUUGGAUUUGAUCUGAAUGAAGCUAUCAACACAAACGAGUUAGAUGAUGGUGAGCAGUCUGUUGUUGAAACCAUAUCUUCUCAUAACGUUAUACACGUCGUAGCAAAAUCUGGGGUUCCUAGGGGUAGACCUAUGGGAUCAUUGAAGUUUGAAGGUGGAUUAGGUUGGAAGGGUUCUGCUGCUACCAGUGCUUUCCGUCCUGCUUCUCUUUCGAAGAGUUUCGAUAAGAACCCAUAUUCUAGCAAUUUCACAGGAAUUGACCUCAAUGUUGCUGCUAUAGAAGAUACUUCGGAGAUUGGAUUUCAAAUGGAGCAUGAGCAGAUUCAAGAUUCUUGUUCAGAAGUUGGUUUCAGACAAGCUGAGAGGCUUGACAUUGAUCUCAAUUGCCUUUGUGAUGAUGUUGAUGAGUCCCCUCAAUCUUCUCUUCCAGCUGAAUCGAGAAAUCUCUAUUUGGCAGAUUUGGACUUGAAUGCUAACACAUCAGCCAGAGACACGUGCAAUAAUGUUGCCUGGCAAGGCCAAGUUAGCCAACCUUCGGAAAACAAAGCAUCGUUUUCUGUGAAUUCCAUAGAACAUGAUGUUAAUUUUACUAGAUCCACUUACUUGCCAGAUUUGAGUUUUGUGAAUGUUUUUACGAAUACUCAUGCCCAUUCACACAUGAUGGCUGCACCAAAUGUCCUAAAACAAAUUGAGGAGAUGCAGGGGGUUUCUCCUCUGCAACCAAAGUUACCAUACCCAUUGCAUAUGUUACCACCUCCCAAUUACCCUUCUCAUGCUCCAUUACACAUUGGCCCUAUGAAGCCCUUUAUGUUCAAUAUGCACUACCCUGGCACCAUACCCUGUGUGAGAGAUCCUCAGUUGCUGAAGCCCGAAACAGUUCUCACCUCUCUUGGGAUCCCACGUCUAGUGGAGGUUGCUCAUGGACAGAACUGUGUUGACAUUACAGGUUCUAGACACAGAAUUGACGUCGAAAGUGAGGACGGCUCAUCAACUAGUGUAAGCAAGAGGGAUAAAGCCAGGGAAUUUACAUUGCCUACCAAAAAUUCAUAUGAUCAAUCUGUCAAUCAAGAAGCUUGGUUCGCAAAGCUGAUGAAAAGGAAAGAACCAGAGGGAGGAUGGGACCAUUACCAUGUCGGCCAUAGGCAUGUGACUUGA